AUGGUCUCUGCCAGGGAGCUGGACAACACCACCGAAGCGGGAGGCUGUUGCUCUUUCGGCUUCGCCAGAGAACACAGCUCGAUUACCGGCUUGGGUGAAAAAAGCCCAAUCACAUAUUGCUACCUGUCCUUCGACACCGCCCUGCCCUCGGUGCCAAAGCCGCAACAGAGUGUCAGCGUCUACCCGCCUUGUCCUGACCUGAAGCCAUACAUGUCCCCGCUCAAAUGGAGUCCAGCUCGAAAGAAUGUUUCGUUGGCACUCUCGUGCGUCGCCACGUUUCUCACUGCCUACACUGCGGGUUGCUAUUCACCCCCAGCCGGCAUCAUUGCCCAGGACCUUGGCACAACCCGGAUCGUCACACUGGUUGGCAUUACCACGUUUUGUGCAGGGUUCGCCUUCGCACCAAUGGCACUGGCGCCCAUCUCGGAGAUUUGGGGUCGCUUCCCCGUCUUCAUUGUUGCCGGCGUAGUAUUCGUCGUGUUUCAGGCUAUUUGCGCCGUCAUGACUCACAUUGCCGGGCUCCUCGUCGCACGCUUCUUCGUUGGAGCCGGUGCAUCUGUAUUUAGCUCCGUCGUCGGCGGUGUCAUUGCGGACCUGUGGGACAAAAAGGAGCGCAACACGCCCAUGGCCCUCUUCAGCGGCUCUGUUCUGGCUGGAACCGGAGCCGGGCCACUGGUCGGCACGGCUUUUAUGAAGCGGUUUGGGCAAACUACCACGGCCUGGAAGUGGACAUUUUGGCACCAGGUUGUCCUGGAUGGCGUGCUUCUCAUCCUGUUGAUUCUCUUGUUCAAGGAAAGCCGCGCCUCAGUCCUACUAACCAGAAAAGCUAAAAGGCUAAACCAGUGGUAUGAGAAGCUCGAGUCCAGGGGAAUCUAUGGCGUGUGUAUGCCGGCCUCUUCGCCGCCGCUGCCCAUUGCCUCCGGCGCAUCUUCCGACGAGGAUCAAAAGGGGGGACAUGGCAGUCAAGACAGGUACUUGCGUAUUCGCUGGGUUGUCAGGGAAGACGAACAACGCCCUCCUGUGUUCCAGAUGAUGAGUUUGUCCGUGAGGCGGCCCUUCCACAUGCUUUUUACCGAGCCCGUCGUCUUUUCGUUUUCCCUCUGGGCGGCGUUUUCUUGGGCCGUUCUCUACAUGUCUUUUUCUGUCGUGCCUUUUCUAUAUGAAAACAGUUUCGACCUCUCCAGCCGCGUCUAUGGUGCCAUCAUGGCCGCCGCUGUGGUCGCAACAGCAGUGAGCAUCUUGCAGCAGCAUCUGCUCAAGCACCCGCAAUGGCGUGUCCACAAGGGAGAUUUUGAGUAUUCUGAUUCGAGGUUCUGGGCUUUUAUGAGAAACCGUUUCCCGACUGACUCCCCCGAGGCGAGGCUUUACUUUGCUUGCGUUACCGCGCUGUUCCUACCCGCCGGCUUGUUCGGAGCCUUCCUGUGCCCCGAAUCUAUGAGUGGAUAUGCAGAAGCCGUAGGUCUCGGCUUUGCCGUCUGGGGCAUAUACUCCAUCUAUCUAGCGACGUUUAACUAUCUUGCCGACUCGUACCAGAGUUAUGCAUCCUCGGCCUUGGCAGCUCAGAAUUUCUGUCGCAACGUUUUGGGUGGCAUAUUCCCCCUCAUUGUAAAGGCAAUGUUUACCAAUCUUGGCCUCAAGGGUGCAGGGGGCAUGCUGGGCGGUAUUGCCAUGGUGUUGUCUGUCAUCCCUUGGGUUCUGCUGCUUUUUGGUCAAAGAAUUCGGUCACGGAGUAAACUUGCAAAUUCUCUCCAACACCAAUAG